CAUGGUAAGAAUUUCCUUCCCGACUGCGCUUCGCAGAAUCAAACUCAAUCCGGCCAAAUAAACGAUCGUAUCUGCUUCUGGUCCCCUUCGUGCGUGUUAAGGGUCUUGUGACACACGGAACGAUGGUGAACGUCCCGAAGACCCGCAGGACUUACUGCAAGAAGUGCAAGAAGCACCAGCCCCACAAAGUGACCCAGUACAAGAAGGGAAAGGAUUCCCUCUUCGCACAGGGUAAAAGGAGAUACGACAGAAAGCAGAGCGGAUAUGGUGGUCAGACCAAACCCAUCUUCAGGAAAAAGGCCAAGACUACAAAGAAGAUUGUCCUGAGGCUUGAGUGCGUGGAGCCCAACUGUAGAUCCAAGAGAAUGCUGGCCAUCAAGAGAUGCAAGCACUUUGAGUUGGGUGGUGACAAGAAGAGAAAGGGCCAGGUCAUCCAGUUCUAAACUGUGGAUCGGUUUCCUGGAGGAAGUCGUCACAAUUUUCAAUAAAUGUAUUAACGUACA